AUGGCCGCCAACUCUUAUGCCAUUGGUGCAUUAAUCGCCCAAGAGGAUGGAGGUGGUGUUGAGCAACCAGUGUACUACAUCAGUUGUGCCUUAAAAGAUGUAGAAACUCGUUACCCAAGGGCAGAAAGAGCGUGUCUGGCUAUUGUGUAUGCUUCGCAGAGGUUACACCAUUAUUUCUUAGCCUACAAAUAUGACUUAAGAAUGGGGACACCGAGGGUGGUGAAAAGCCAUACUAUAGCAGAUCUAUUGGCACAAUUUCCUAGAGAAGAAGAAUUCCCACUGAACGAUGAAGUUCUAGGGGAAGUAGUCAUGGCAAAAAAGGUCAGAGAACAAUGGUUAAUGAAAUUUGAUGGGUCUUCUACCACCCAAUCAGGGGGAGUGGGAGUAGUUCUAUACUAUGAAGAAGAUAAGGCAGUAGCGCUAUCAUUCAAACUGGAAUUCCCCUAUUCAAACAACAUAGCAGAAUAUGAAGCCUAUCUAACUAGGUUGGCCACGGCUCUUGAAAUUGGAGUCAAGCACUUGAAGGUGAUGGGUGAUUCAAACUUGGUGGUCUGUCAGGCCAAAGGGAUCUUCUCCCUAAAAGAACCCAGCCUAACCCUAUACAGAGCAAUGGCCCAGAAGAUGGAGGAGAAAUUUUCAACCUUCAAAAUAGAACACGCUCCAAGGAACAAAAACCAGUUCGCAGAUGCGUUGGCCAUACUAGGCUCGCAAAUAAUGUUCGAAGGGGAUAACACCAGGGUAGUGGUCAGCAAGAGGGAAGAAUCCAUUAUUGAAGUGUCAAAGGAAAGAUUUCGGGAGGAACGGUGCGAAGGGGAUUGGCGGAUCCCCAUAAGGGAAACCUUAAUGAAAGGAGAAGGUGCCGCAAAACUGAAGGUGUUGACAGACUACGCCCUGGUAAGAGGAGAACUGUACCGCAGGAUGCCUGGUGGGUCUUGUCCAGAUGCGUGGGGUAGGAGGAGGCCUAGAGAAAGUUGA